CUUCAUCGAAGGCUACGGUUGUCACUUCGCUCUGAGCAAUCGUGCGAAUCAAUCGAUCGAUCGCUUGUGCUGUUUCGUCAAAUAGGUAUUUGGAUUUGUUCUCCCGAGUUGUCGUGUGUUUCGGUGUUCAUCAUGGGUGCUGCUACUCACUUCAUCGGGAGUAAAAUUAGCCUGAUAUCCAAGUCGGACAUCCGUUACGAGGGUAUCUUAUACACGAUCGACCCGGUCGACUGCACCAUCGCUUUGGCGAAAGUUAAAUCUAUGGGUACCGAGGACAGGCCGACGGAUCGCCCUGUGGCACCAAGGAGCGAAGUUUACGAGUACAUCGUGUUUCGAGGAUCGGACAUUCGCGAUAUCCGCGUGUGUCAACCGCCGAAGCCUCAGCCGGUACUUGCUGGAGGCCUGCCGAAUGAUCCAGCUAUUCUGCAGCACUCCGUGCCCGGAGGCACGAAUAUACAGAACGAAGCCACGUCAUCCACGUCUUCUGGGCUGGGAACCCUCAUGAGUGAGUUGUCAGUGGCUCCUCCGAAUGUGAGCACUUCAUCGUCGGGGCGAAGUUCGAUCACUCCAGCUCUGCUGCCAACUCCGAGUGUGAUGCCGCAACGUGCCGCGUCACUGACCAGGGAACGCGCAGUGCAGGUGGAGCGUCCGAAUCGUUCCAGCCAGCAGGGCCGCAGCAGCGGCACGCAGACAUCUAGCAACGCGCAAAGGUCUUCUCGCAAUGAUCGGGACUACGACUCUUCGUCUGGCAACCAUUACAACAAGGGAUACGCUGCCAGGGACCAUGGACCUCGCGGCAAUAGCCGUUCGCAGUAUGACUCCUACCACGUUGACCGACGCUCCAGUGGCUACGAUGAAGACAAUCGUCGCUACCACAAUCAGCAGGGCUACAACAGGCCUUCCCGUGGCGGGUACAUGAAUCAGUAA